UUCGUCGCUUUGCAUCCUGGGAUUGAAUGCUCAAUCUUGGAGUCAUGGCGUCCCGUGUCCUAGUCCGGUAUGUCCGCUCACUUGCCCGGCCCUCAGCGAGACUGUGUCCUGUAAACGUUACCGUGAGAGCAGCGGCUGCACCGUUACCACUCAACCAGCGAUCGUUCUCGCUCUUGUCCUGUAGCCAGCGAACACGACAGACCGACCAGACCCGGGUCCCCGGGUCUUUGGUUCAGCUCUCUCGACAGUAUGGGGAUCUUCCGCCUCUCACCCUCGAAUCCAUCAAGGAUCGUGUUAUGUAUGUCCUGAAGCUCUACGACAAGGUCAACCCCGAGACUAUCCUGGUCACGUCUCACUUCAUUAAAGAUUUGGGCUUGGACAGCUUGGAUCAGGUGGAGAUCAUAAUGGCCAUGGAAGAUGAGUUCGGGUUUGAGAUCCCAGACUCGGAGGCUGAGAAGCUGAUGUCUCCAGAUGAGAUUGUGCAAUACAUUGCAGACAAGAAGGACGUGUAUGAAUGAGAGGGCCUCGCCAUGCCUCCGGCAGGCGGGGGUGGCCUUGUCCCCAUGUGACCCUCCCUCCCAGAGGACCCGGUGCGGAUGGGGUUUCGUUUGUCAGCCUCACGUUUUCACAAGCAGUCUAUGAUGUUCAUGGCUUCCAGUGUCCAACUGCCUUGUCUUCUGUACACAUUGUAAUUACAAUUACAGCAGAAAUGUAUGGUGAGUUUUGAGAGGAAAUUUAAAUAAAAUGUUAAACCUCCCAA